AGAAGGCUACUGAGUACUGACCACCACUCCAACCUACGCUUUAAGGAGUUGUACGUUUGAAUCGCAGCUGCAACUCACCGGUUUCCGCCUCAGGGACAAACUCUAAUCCUCUAACCUUUUUUUUUUGUCUGAACAAUUGACCCAUUUUGAGAUCAAUUCACACGAGCUUCGUCGAUAUCGAAGAUCCAGUUGCGAAAAAUCCAAUCUUGACUGAAAAAUGAGGGGAGGUGAUGGAAUCCUCGGAGUGAGGAGUAGCGCCAGAUCACCCGAAGCAAACAGUCCCAAAAUCCGAACUCAGUUUCUGAAAAGACGAGAAAAAUGGCUAGUGAUUCUCGGCGUAGCACUUCACGCAAUCUACAUGCUCAGCAUUUUCGACAUUUAUUUCAAGACCCCAAUCGUCCACGGCAUGGAGCCCGUCACGCCGCGGUUCUCGGCCCCUGCGAAGCGCCUCGUGCUGCUCGUUGCGGAUGGUUUGAGGGCGGACAAGUUUUUCGAGCCUGAUUCAAAUGGGAGCUACAGGGCGCCGUUCUUGAGGAGUGUGAUCAAGGAGCGUGGUCGUUGGGGAGUGUCGCAUGCCCGCCCCCCUACGGAAUCAAGGCCUGGACAUGUUUCUAUCAUUGCUGGUUUUUAUGAAGAUCCUAGUGCUGUUACUAAAGGAUGGAAAGCAAAUCCGGUUGAGUUUGAUUCUGUGUUUAAUAGGAGCCGGCAUACUUUUGCAUUUGGCAGCCCGGAUAUAAUCCCUAUAUUUUGUGGUGCCUUGGAGCAUAGCACAUGGAACUCUUAUCCUCAUGAAUAUGAAGAUUUUGCGACUGAUGCAUCAUUUUUGGAUGAAUGGUCACUGGAUCAAUUCGAGGGCCUCUUGAACAGGUCUAAAGAAGAUGUGAAACUGAAGCAGCUUCUUCAACAAGAUAAUCUUGUUGUAUUCCUGCACCUGCUUGGUUGUGAUUCAAAUGGUCAUGCUCAUCGGCCUUACUCAACCAUAUAUCUCAAUAACGUUAGAGUUGUUGACCAAAUUGCUGAAAGAGUUUAUAAUCUUGUUCAGAAUUACUUCAAGGACAAUUCGACAGCCUUUGUUUUUACUGCUGAUCAUGGGAUGAGUGACAAAGGGAGUCAUGGAGAUGGGCAUCCGUCAAACACUGAUACUCCCCUCGUUGCUUGGGGAGCUGGUGUUCGACCACCUGUUCGAACUUUUGAAAACCAUCACCAUGAAAACACUGUCCGCUUUGUUGAUGACCAUGUUCAUGACAUGCCUACACCAGCCGACUGGGGUCUCAAUGGCAUCGAGAGACAGGAUGUGAAUCAAGCUGAUAUAGCACCAUUGAUGUCAACUCUUGUAGGUUUGCCGUGUCCUGUUAACUCAGUUGGAAAUUUGCCGCUUGAAUAUGUUAAUCUUAGUAAGGUCGACGAAGUUGAGGCUGUGUUGGCUAACACAAAGCAAAUUCUCAAUCAAUUCCUUCGGAAAUCACAAUUAAAGCAGUCAAACUUGUUGCGUUUCAAGCCUUUCAAACCAUUGAACAAUUAUUCUUUCGUCUUGGAUCAAAUUGAGCACUUGAUAUCCAUUAGCGAUUACGAGGCUGCAAAAACGCUAUCUGAAAAUCUCCGAAGUUUGGCACUACAAGGGCUUCACUAUUUUCAAACAUAUGAUUGGUUUCGGCUGAUGACUGUAAUUUCUCUUGGCUACCUUGGAUGGAUGAUUUAUCUGAUGAUCCAUGUGUUGCAAGAGUAUACCUCGCUGCCAAGAAAGUUUUUCCAAAACGACCAAUCAGUUAACCUGCAGACAAACACGAAAAAGAUAUACUUCUCGGGAUGUCUCCUAAUGGGGUUGGUGUGUGUUAUACUGCUAGUCGAACAUUCUCCUCCUCUCUAUCAUGCAUACUUUGCAAUGACAAUUUUUCUUUGGGUCCGAAUCUUCCGUGAAUAUCGGUUUCUGAGAGCACUUUGGAGAUACAUGCUUGGAAAAGAAAUACGUUAUUUUGCAAAACUUUUGGGCAGCUUUAUUGUAUCGGUCUUUGUUCUUGAAAUCCUGGUUCAAAGCUUCAUGGACAGGAAAAUCUAUACCUGGAUUUUCUUGAUUAUUGGGGUUAUUGCUUCACUGUAUCUUCUAUACACUUUGCCAUGGGGCUCGGGAUUACCAGUUUUUGUAUGGUUAGCAUGCUGGUUCUUGUCAAUUUUCACUUUGAUGCCUGCUGAAAUCCCAGAUAAUACUAAACUAGUUGUUUCCAGUGGAUUACUGAUUGUGAUAAUCGGAGUAGCAUCAAGAUACCUGGAUAUGUAUUCUAGAGAGAGUAAAUAUUGGUUUUCUCUCACUCAUGAAGUGCAGAAGUCCAAAUCGAAUAUCAUUUUCCUCUUUCAGGUAUUGCUGGUUGCUUUUUCAGCAGUUAUGGUGCCCUUAUCAACAAAUCGUAGAACAGAGAAGCAAGAAUUGCUUGUAUUGCACCAAGUGAUAAAUUGGUCAAUUGCUGGUGUAUCGAUCGUUCUGCCACUAUUCUCACCAACUGGUCUCUUGUCAAGGCUUACUUCCAUAUAUCUCGGUUUUGCACCUGCAUUCCUCCUGCUUUCUAUAGGAUAUGAAGCCGUAUUCUAUGGUGCUCUUGCACUUGCGCUUAUGGCAUGGAUACUUUUCGAAAACGCUUAUCUCCACAUAAGUCAGACGAGCAAAUCUUCAAGUUCUACUACAUCAGCUAUGGAGGAUGAACUGAUUUCGGAAUCUAAUGAAAGAUGCUUGCAGUUGUCUGAUAUGCGCAUUCCCUUAGCAUUUAUGGUUUUCUUCAACAUUGCAUUCUUCGGAACUGGCAACUUUGCAAGUAUAGCGAGUUUUGAGAUCUCUUCCGUUUAUCGGUUCAUCACAAUCUUCAACCCGUUUCUGAUGGCAGCCCUGCUCAUUUUCAAAUUGUUGAUACCUUUCGUGCUCGUUGUGUGCACGUUUACUGCAAUUACCAAAAUGGUGAAAGUUCCGUUGCUGGGAUGCUAUUUUCUGGUGAUAAUCUGCUCGGACGUCAUGACAGUUCACUUCUUCUUCCUGGUACGGAAUACAGGAAGCUGGAUGGAAAUCGGGAACAGCAUCAGCCAUUUCGGAAUCAUGAGCGCUCAGGUUGUUUUUGUGCUUCUGCUGUUUGCUGUCACCACUCUUUACACUAAACACAUCCAAAUUAGAUCAUCCAAACUCCAUUCUCGAAAGCAAAUGUGAUUUUUCACAUUCCUUUUCUUCUCAAACUUCUUCACUCAAUUCAUUCAAGCCCAAAUUUUGUAGCUAAUGUGACAUCUGAUUUGCAAUUUUGUACAAGUAAAAGAAUUGAUUUUUCCUUC